AUGAAGAUCUUGGAGGAUAACAAAAUCCUGAUGAAAGAAAUAGUAGGAACGGUAAAAAAGCAGACGGAGAAACUUGGGGAAAGAGACAGGAAGAACGAGCAGAUACUAGAAGCUACAUAUGCCAGUGUAGUAGCUGCAGGAAACAAAAAGGAGCAAAAGACAGAAGCAGUAGGACGAGAAAGUAUGAUAAACAGAGUAGCAGAAUUGCACUCGAUGAUCAUAUCUCCAACAAAUGAUAAUUAG